AGAAGAAGUGCGGUCACUGCGAGUGGGAAAUUUGACGUUGCGGAAAGGUCGAAAAGUCUUCCUGACCACACAGACAGACAAAUACAGGACUUUAGACGAUGUUUUGAAACAAUGGAUCGUUACGUUCUUGUUGUUUCAUUUUGCCAAAAUGCUGACCACUCAGUAGACGAAUGUAAAUGUGUGGAGUCUCUAAAAAGCAUCUAUGAUAACCUUCUGGACAUUUCAGCUCGAGAUUCAGAGAGAAAGAGCUCUGUGUUUCCAGCUUGUUCUCUAAGUGGCUGUCCGUCCGCUCCACGAUGGUUCUUUGCUGUACAGACUUGCCACUUAGCAACACAGUUUUGCAUGUCAGCCUGGGAAGAACUUAAUUCAAGUCAACAGAAAACUGACAGUGAAGAGGACAAACCUUCCCCUGUGAAAGCAUGCCUGAACUCACUGAGUAUCCAGACGGCACCAGACCUAAAGGAUGAGGAGCCAUCACUUACAGAGCUCUUGGAUGAGGCUGCAGAGGGGCUUCACUUGUUAUCAGACAAGUUGCCACCUCCAGGUAAAGCUUUAGUGGACGUUCUGUUUUUGGCCUUUGCUGAGCAGACCCCUCCCCUGAAAGAGCUGCUGCCUCUGCUCGGAGCCCUCAAACACAUGUCCUGCUGGCAUGCAGCAAAGAUCAGUGUGAUCACACAGCACACCUCCAGGUGGCAGAAGGUGGCAUCUUCUCUAGGCGCUGGUCUGCUGGGACCUGCUGACCUAUUCACUUGUAUUGACCACAGGGAAAUGUGGAGAGGAGGCUUGCUUAUCAGAGAGAAGAAGUGUGGGUCUGAACUCCGCUUUGACGGCUUUUCGGUGCGGCUUCCUGAGCUUCAGAAGGCAGAGUGUAAUCUCUUGCCAGCUCCCUGCGCCUCCACUGAUCAGAGAUUGCACUCGGAGGUCUUCCAUUACUACGCUUCCUCUUUGGACUUGAUUCAGAUAGUUCAUCUGUCAGACCUGCCAAGCUUUCUGAUGUCAAGCAAGCACUUGGAACUAUGCUUGCUCGGGAGAUCAAUGAAAGCUAAACUUCUCAUGGAGCAGCUGAGGUCACUGCAUGGAAAGGUUGGAGCUUUGUUCAGUUUGUCCUGCAGAAUCACUCCCAUCGCUCAGCCUGCUGCCAGCCAACUCAGUUCUCAGCGCUGGAAAGAGUCUCUCGCUAAAGGACAAAAGUCUUUACUCGUUCCUGACACAGAGACAAAAGGUGAAAGUGCUGCCUACUUCCUGCUGGUCCAGGGUCCCGAUGAUGACGAGUCUGGAGUCUGCAGGGUCAGGAUGAUGCACUCAACGAGUCAGAUAAAUGGAGCUGCUGUUAUGACAACCAUCUCUAGCCUUCUAAGGGAGAAACCUCCAUCGGCAGAAGUAAAUGUUGGUGCCGUCCUUCAUCGUCUGCCAUGCCUUCAAGGGGACGGGCUCGUCCAGAGGGAAAGGAAGCUGGCCCAAGUUCAGAUGCUGGCACUCAAAGAGUAUUUUAAAGGGAAGAAGGAAUCUUUGGCCUCCAGUUCAGUGUCUGUCAGUGACUUGAAGACCUUUCUGAACCUGAUCAGGGAGCAGUAUCUGAACUCUGCUCCGCUGGACUCCGCUCCGUCUAUGGCUGCCAGCUGUCUUACAAAGGAGCUUGCUGCAGAACAACCAGGUUGUCAGACUCUUACCCAUCAGCUCACUGACUGGCCUGAGAGGAGCGUCCUGCAGAACAUGGAAAACCUGCAGAAGAGAAGACAGAAGAGAAAGUUGGGCAUGCUUGGCUCUGGCUCUAGUGACAGCCUGCUGGGCCCUAAAGACAGUCAGAGAAGCUCUUCUGCUUUAUUGGAUGCUAAAGAACUUUUGAAAUACUUCACAGUGGAUGGCCUGCCCUGUGGAGAUUUACAGCCUUUGACUAUCAAUAGAGGUAAUAACUUUUUUCAGCUCUCACCAGACCUCUCGCCUGGAAGAGUCAGCCAGAUGCCCUUUAGCAAAGCCUCAGGCUCUCAUUACCACGGCUUAGAGUUCUGCCUGGAUAACCAGCGCUCUCUUGACCGGGAUCAGGUGUUUGCCCGGCUGCAGUCCCGCCUGAUACGCUAUGAGACUCAGACAACCUGCUCCAAGGAGCCCUGCGCCCUCCCAUUCGCCCUUAGCCCUGCCCCCUCACCUGCGUUGAUCUCAGAACCGGGGAGUGUGCCUGAUGGAGAAACCCUGCUGAACUCUGAUGUAUCCCGGCUCAAAUGCAGAUCCUGGGAAGCAGAGUUGGCGGGCGGCCCUACCCGAAGAAAAUUACGGCUGGUAAAGUCUGGAAGCAGCGACUCCUUCUGCUCACCGAGUAGCAACAGCAGUGGCGUUCAUUCCACCGUUAAGACUUUGCAACAACAGCCGAGCCGAUCCCAGUCCACCUCAUCCUCUGUCUGCACCCCUGCAGGCACAAGACACACCGCAGUGUCUGUCUCUGCUCCUGAUGGACUGAAAGUGCAACAGCAGAGGACGAGUCAAAGAAACUUUGAGGACAAACGAGCCAAAGAGUCACGCUCCCAGAAACACAACAGGAUGUUGGAGGAGGUUGUAGGUAAAACGCUCAAACACCAUGGGAUCAGUGUCGAGCAUAAAUGCUAUGAGGCCUGCAGUAAAAGGUUGUUUGAUAUCUCCAAGUUCUAUCUAAAGGAUCUGAAGACGUCUCGGGGCCUUUACGAUGAGAUGAAGAAGGCCGCCAGCAGCAAUGUCAAACAGGUCAUUGGCUGGGUGCUUGAGAAGACCUCAGAGAAUGGGAGAUGAUCAGGAGUGAAGCAUGAGCGGGAUGCAUUCGUGUUUUACCUCUUUUGAUGUUUUUGUAGAGGUUCUGCCUCAAAGAGCAUCUUCUAUUACGUUUACUUUGAUUAGCGUUUGAUGUUUUAAGCCUCUCCGAUUGGUUUUAAAUUCACGAUUAAGCCUAUUUUAAUUAACUUAAUCCUUCAUUUGAUUUGUUUCUCUUAAUUUUUGCAGAAGAUUACAUAGAAACAGAUCUUUUUUAAGCUUGUGCGAGGUUGUGUGUUCACUCCUGCGGGUGUGAACACACACCAGCUUGGCUGUAGAGCCUUGAAACAAAGACUGCAGCACAUCUCCACACAGAACUACAGGGUGACCACAGGGGAUUCAAUUUUAUUUCGAAGUUUCCUUUAUUUGCAGCAGUUUCCCACCAGGAUUUUUUUAUUUAUUUAUUCAAAUAACAUCUAUUCUAUGUCUGCACAUAUUAUCUGUCUUCUCAUUUUACCAGAAUAAAUACACUUGAUUUCA